AUGGGCCGAUCAGCAGCCCAGACAAGGACCGCAAGUCUGGGCGCUGCCGGCUUCACAAAGGCGAUCAACACCUCGGGGCGCCACAACUGGCGGAAGGCGCUGGCGCUUUGGGAAGAUGCCAAGGCUGCCGGCUUUGGGAAGGAUGUCAUUACCAGCAGUGCAGUGGUGGCUGCUUUAGCAGCAUGCAGCCAAUGGCGGCAGAGCUUGAGCCUGCUGCAGAGCCUCCAUUCGUCGUCUGUCCAGCGUGGUGCUUUCGCAUACAAUUCCGGCUUGUCCAGCUGCGUCCGCGCCGGUGUCUGGAAGCAGGGACUGCAGCUUUGCAGGGCAAUGCAUAGAUGGAAGAUCGAGAUGCAAAUAGUUACCAGAAAUGCAGCGGCAGCACUGUAUCGAGAGAUUGGUAACUGGCACGCUGCAAUCCACUCUGUGCGCGAAGCAGCGCAGUCAGCGUUGCAGCUUACGUGCAUAAGCUACAACUCGAUCAUGGGCGGCGGAGGCAACACCUGGCAAUCUGCUUUCGAGCUGCUUCGCGAUGCUCAUCUUCGGGCCGUUGAGUGUGACACGGUGUCAUGCAACACAGCCACCUCAACUGCGAAGGACUGCUGGACCUCAGCUUUUGCACUUCUUCAAGCAGCAUGUGCGCAAGGCGUCCGUCACGAUGCAGUUACCAUCGGGAGUGGCACAGAUGCCUGCACACUGACAAGCUGUUGGAAUGAUGCCCUGCAGCUGCUACAAACCGCGCGGGGGAAGGACAUCCGCAUUGACGUGCUCGGAUGCUGUGCUCUUGCAGCAGCUUGUGAAGCUCGCGGCCAGUGGAAGCUGGCUUUGGCUUCAUGCAGGCGAAGCGUUGAACAAGGUAUGGGGACGGACACGGCCCUGGCAGGAGCGGGGAUUACAGCUUGCAGCUCCGCCAACCUUUGGGAGGCUGCUACGAAGAUCAUGUUCAACAGCAUGGUGGAUUCGUCACUACGAGUUGAUGUGAUCUCUUUCGGGGCGGCAUUGCAUGCGUGUGAAUUGGGGGGAUGCUGGCACUCGUCUUUGCGAAUUGUUGAGCUCAUGGCUGCUGUGGGAAUCCGGCAGAACGUAGUUGUGCUCGGGGCUGCGAUCUCAUCAUGCAGGUGGGCGUCCAAAUGGCGAUGGGCCACACGUCUGCAAUCGGAAGCGCAGUUCCAGCCAGGACAAGUCCUUUUCAAUGCUCACAUGGGUGCUUGUGCCAGCUCGUCGCAGUGGAAGGAGGCUCUCACCUGUUGCUUCCAGGCGGAAUGCCAGUCAUUGGUACCGGACAGCAUUGCUUUGAGCACUUUGGCUACGGCCUGCGGCUCGCGUGGAUACUGGGCUCUGGCGAUGGCUGUGGAUCAAAGGAGAGGUGAGCUGGCUGAAUGGCAGGUAUCGGAUGAGACAUCCCUUGGAGCUUUGGUCCACGCCAUGUCAAACUCCUGGCAGUGGCCUUUUGCCGGGCUUCUGCUUGCCCAGGCGGGCAAGGGAGGCUUGCGACCAGAUGCUGUGAGCCUUCAGGAGGUGGUCGGCGCUUGCGCACAAAGCGGAGCUUUUUCCGUCGCUAUCGACCUUCUCCGACGCACCAGAGAAUUUCUGCACGCCUACCAGCAGUCUCCGAACAACGUCUACCCGCGGAUGCAGAAUUAG